AUGGGUGAAGACACACAACCCUCCCCGCGUGCUCCCUCUUCCUCCUUCCGCCCAACCUACACUCGCGAACAACUCGCCACCUAUGUCUCGAAGCACAUCGCCCCGUCGCCAUCCUAUACGCUCGAAACCCUCGAGGCUGAGAUCCAAGCCGAUCCACUUGCAGCCCUUGGAACUCUCCAGCUCCGCCAAAUGGCAUUCAAUUCUUGGGGCAACCUUGCGCUACAUUACUCCUGGCACCGUACCAUAACCUUGGACUCUGAUGCGCUGUAUCACAAGAUUGUAGAGAGAGGGCUAGGAGGGUAUUGUAUGGAGAACAACGCGUUCUUCUCAACCGUCUUGAGAAGUCUGGGGUAUCAGCUUUAUGUCACUGGGGCGAGAGUUAGCCACUCCCUGGACGGAGAUAAGGACGACCCAGGGUUCGCGGGGUGGCAGCACGAAGUCAUCAUCGUGACCAUCAACGGUCAGAAGUACUUGGUCGACGUCGGUUUCGGCUCUACCUCGCCUCUCCAUCCCAUUCCGCUAGACCACACGUCAAACAAGGUCUACAACUCCGUCCCUGGUGCCGAAAUCCGUCUGCUAUACCGCCCGAUAGCGUCUAACACGGAUCAAUCACAACGACUCUGGGUUCUCGAAUCCCGUAACAAAUCGCACCCUCAGUGGCAAGGCUGUUACUGCUUCGACACCCUUGAAUGGCUCCCCGCCGACUUUGAGAUAAUAAACUAUCGCACCUCACAAGACCCUGCUUCCUGGUUCACCCACCGUCUCGUCUUGGUGAGGAUCCUCGUUGACGAGGAAACGAGAACGAAAGCCACGGGGACGGUGAUCCUGGGUGGCGAGAAGAUCGAGCGGAGGCUAGGAGAGGCGCCGAAGGAGGUCGUAAUGGAGGCGAAGAGUGAAAGCGAGAGGGUGGAGGGGCUGAAGACUUGGUUCGGCGUAGUCUUGAAUCCGGACGAGGUGAGAGGCAUCAGGGGCACAGCGACAGAGAUUAGAAAGCCGCCUACUGUAUGA